GCUUCUAUUUUCUUCACAACUCACAAAUUUAAUUUUCUAAUUAAAUAAUAUUCAAAAAAGAAAAAAAGAAGAAAAAAUGGGAGUGAAGAGUUUUUUCGAGGAGGUGAAAGCAAAGGUAUCGCCAUCGAGAUUGUUCAAGGCGUUGAUCACCGAAUCGCAUGACGUCAUCCCGAAAGUCACCACGUCCAUCAAGAGCGUCGUGACUAUUGAAGGCGAUAGUCUCACCCCUGGUUGCAUCAGGCAGACCAACUUCCCUGAGGGUAAUAUAGUAAUUAUUCAAUUAUCGAGUGCACAAUUGAAGUACGUGAAGCACAGAAUCGAUGCAAUCGACACGGAGAAUUACGUGUGCAAGUACACAUUAGUCGAAGGAGAUAUACUUGGAGACAAGCUCGAAAAAAUCUGUUACGAAAUCAAAUUCGAGGCCUCCGAAGAAGGAUGCAAUAUUAAGUUGACGAGUGAGUACCACACAAAGGGUGAUUUCGUAAUUAAUGACGAAGAAAUCAAAGCUGGGAAAGAACAAGCUUUGGGACUGUACAAAGCUUGUGAAGAAUAUCUCAUCGCUAAUCCUCAUGUUUGUGCCUGAUUGAUUAUUUAAUAUGUGUUUUCUAUUCUGGAUUCAUUAAAUCCAUGAUUAGAGAAACUAUUUAUUUCUAAAUAUUAUGUUUUGUCUGUUUUGUUGUUGUUUUUUUUUUUUUUUCUGAUUGAGUGGAUGUAUUAAUAAUAAAGGAACAGUGUCGUUCCUGUAUGUAAUAAAAGAAUUAUUUUGUAAUUUUGAAUGUGGGAGAAUUAUAUUGUAAUAU